CGUGGGGAAAGUGGAGGGUGCCAAAGCGCAGCGCUGGCUUCAGUAGCCCCCGGCGCUGCAGCUCUGUGCAGGGAGUCCGGGGCACACCGACCUCUCUCGGGGCCUGUAGGGGACCGGCAGCCACCAGCGUGGAAGCGUGCCGCCCGCCAGGCCGCCCUCGACCCGCCCAGACGCUUCGCCCCGCCCGGAUAUUCCCGGCAAGUGGCCGAACCAGCCAGACAAGCCCAACUCGCCGGGGCUCCCAGCAGCAGCAGGUGGCCCCGACUUCCCAGAUUCGCGCUGUCCCGUUGCGCUCCGGAGCCCGGUCAGCUGUCCUCGCAGGCGGGAUGGAGGCGGACGGGGACCCGGAGGAGCUCGCCCGUCUGCGCUCCCUCUUCGCUGCCUGCGACGCGAACCGCUCCGGGCGCCUGGAGCGUGAGGAGUUCCGCGCGCUGUGCGCCGAGCUGCGAGUGUUGCCGGCCGAUGCCGAGGCCGUGUUCCAGCGGCUGGACGCCAAUAGCGACGGCGUCAUCACCUUCCAGGAGUUCGCGCGCGGCUUCCGCGGGGCCCGGCGCGGAGGACGGCGCCGGGGCUGGGGGCCACUGGAGCCCGCGCCUGCUACUGCGGAGCCGGGACCCGAACCCGCGGACUGCGACGAAGACGUGGACAUUCUGGACGACGCCGCGGAUCUGUACGCCCCGUGGGGACCGACGAAGCCGGGUCGGGCUUGGCAGGACUUCCAGACGCGACUCGGAGACGAGGCCAAGUUCAUCCCCAGAAAAGAGCAAGUUAGCGUCCUGUAUCAAAACAUCAACCUUGUGGAGCCAAGACUAAUUCAGCCGUAUGAACAUGUGAUCAAGAACUUCAUCCAUGAGAUCAAACUUCAAAGCACAGAAAUGGAAAACCUGGCCAUUGCUGUGAAGAGAGCCCAGGACAAGGCAGCCAUGCAGUUGAGUGAGUUGGAAGAGGAAAUGGACCAGAGAAUUCAGGCUGCAGAACACAAGACUCGGAAAGACGAGAAACGCAAAGCAGAGGAAGCCCUCAGUGAUCUCAGACGUCAGUAUGAAACAGAAGUAGGAGACCUUCAGGUUACCAUAAAAAAACUAAAGAAGCUUGAAGAACAAUCAAAACACAUAAGUCAAAAAGAAGACGUAGCAGCAUUAAAAAAACAAAUUUAUGAUUUAUCAAUGGAAAAUCAGAAAGUUAAGAAAGAUCUUUUAGAAGCACAGACAAACAUAGCCUUUCUUCAGAGUGAACUAGAUGCUUUGAAAAGUGAUUAUGCUGACCAGAGUCUAAAUUCUGAGAGGGAUCUGGAAAUAAUCCGAGAAUACACAGAAGAUCGAAAUAGUCUUGAGAGGCAAAUUGAAAUUCUCCAAACAGCUAACCGGAAGCUGCAUGACAGUAAUGAUGGCCUCAGGAGUGCCCUUGAAAGCAGUUACAGCAAAUUCAACAGAUGCUUGCGCAUAAAUAAUGUAUCACCAGGGAAUACGAUAUCUAGAAGCAGUCCCAAAUUUAAUGGUCAUUCUCUUCAACCUCUGGGAUAUGACAGGUCAUCCCGCUCUUCGUAUGUGGAUGAGGACUGUGACUCAUUGGCCCUCUGUGAUCCUAUGCAGAGAAUGAAUUAUGAAGUCGACAGCCUGCCUGAGAGCUGCUUUGACAGUGGCUUGUCUACCCUGAGAGAUCCCAAUGAGUACGACUCUGAAGUGGAAUACAAGCACCAGCGGGGAUUUCGGAAUUCACAGAGGGUGCAGGAGAACUGUGCCGGUGACGCUUCAGACAUGGAUGUUCCUGAUAUAAGGGAUGAAGAAACAUAUGGUUCAGAAGGUGUGGCUUCUGUUUUAGACUGGAAGUCCCAAGGGUCUGUUAGUGGAGGCAGCAUAGUCAGUUCUUCAAGAAAACCCAUCUCUGCUCUUUCACCCCAGACAGAUGUGGCAGGUGAUAACUCCAAGUCUGCUAGCUCACAGAAGGCUUACAAGAUUGUGCUUGCUGGGGACGCUGCAGUGGGGAAAUCCAGUUUCCUCAUGAGACUUUGCAAGAAUGAAUUUCGAGGAAACACAAGUGCCACAUUGGGAGUUGAUUUUCAAAUGAAAACUCUCAUUGUAGAUGGAGAGCAAACAGUUCUGCAGCUCUGGGAUACAGCUGGGCAGGAGAGAUUCAGGAGCAUUGCCAAGUCUUACUUCAGGAAAGCAGACGGAGUUUUGCUGCUAUAUGAUGUCACGUGUGAGAAAAGCUUUCUUAAUGUACGAGAAUGGGUAGAUAUGAUCGAGGAUGCAACCCAAGAGGCUAUUCCUAUCAUGUUGGUAGGAAACAAGGCUGAUCUUCGUGACACUGCUGCUUCAGAGGGUCAGAAAUGUGUGCCUGCGUAUUUUGGAGAAAAACUGGCCAUGAACUAUGGGGCAUUAUUUUGUGAAACAAGUGCCAAAGAUGGUUCCAAUAUAGUGGAAGCUGUUCUCCAUCUUGCUCGGGAAGUAAAAAAAAGGACUGACGAGGAUGACAGCAAAUCCAUCACCAAUCUGGCUGGGACCAAAAAGUCAACACAGAUGAAGAACUGCUGCAAUGGUUAAACUCCGACAUCUUCAACUGAUGUACACUUCAUUUCCAGAGUACUGAAUUUUGUGACCAGUUUGGUUUCUAUUAAGGUGAUUCACCCUACUGACACUGUCCUACGGAGAGUUAACAGCAUGGGCUAUCUGAACUGUCUCUUGGGUCCCCCUGGAAUCUCAACUCUUCUUUGCUGUAUCUAGAUGAACAAUUUGGGCCCUUUGGUCAUUACAGAGUCUUAAAAGAUAACAUUUAAAUGUUUUCAAUGUGGUAUAAAAAAAAAUCACAUGCUUAAAUCCAAGCUACAGAAGAAACUCACAUUACAGACUGAUGAGGUAGUUGACUUUGUAGUUAACCUAUGACAAUGUUUACUGAAAAUAUUUGAUGCUAGACACUAGUAUGAGCAGGUUCUUAUCCUAGCUUCCCUGCUAACUAGCUUUGUGAUCUUGGGCAUGUCAUCAGCACCUUAGAUCUGUGUGUGCCCUCUCUGUAAAAGCAGCAACUGGCCUCCAAAGCCUUGUAGUACCUCUUAGAUGCUGUAGCACUGUAAGCAGCAGGAAGGAGAACACGAUGACCUACAGUUAAUAAGGGCUCUGGUUGUUUCUACUUUCUAAAUAUUGAAAUAUUGAUUUUCUUACUUCUGAAAUGAGAACAGAAUUUAAAAAUGAGAAAAAAAAUGGCUCCAUUUUAGGCUUCAGUGGAAACAGAGAUAUAUAUUUUUUAUAUAUAAAAAAUGUUUGAAAAAAAACUUGUAUAUAGAAAGAACUGUACUUUGUAAUCUUUAGAAGAGUUACAAAGUCCGCAGUUUGAAUUCAGUAUGAAAAAUUUUAAUGAAAACAUGUAAAGCCACAUACUACUGAAAGUACAGAGCCCAGAAAAGCUGUCCCUCUUCAUUUAAAAUGUACACCAGCCAGUGGUUACCAGACAGAGACUGAGGAAAGGAGAACUGGGAGUGACUGCUAAUGGGUAUGGGGUUUCUUUCAAGAGUGAAAUCGAAUUAAAAUGAUAGUAAUUGUUGCAUAACUUAUUGAAUAUACUAAAACCACUGAAUUUUAUACUGUGAAUGAAUUGAUUUUUUGGUAUUUGAAUUUUAUCUCAUUAAAUUAUAUGAACACUUACAAUGAUUUAAUGUUUUACCAAAUGAAAAUAUUCAUGCUAUUUCAAACCUUCCCAUGGUUUAGGAUAUAAUCUGCAAUAUAAUACAAAUCCCCUAACUCCCUACUUUCAAGCAUUAACUUUCUUAAAUAAUGAAGAAUAAAAGAAGCAGUAUGCAUGGUUUGGGGGGGAAAAUCUAUAAAAGAGGAAUUGCCAUAGAGAAUGGUGAGCUGAAGUCCUUUGUUUAACAUAACAUCUGACUCUUCCCCACCAAUGACCUGUUCAGUCUUGCUCUCCUUCCAGAAUCUGUGGGGGCUCCAGGCUUCCCUACUAAAACAUCCCUAAGAGCCAAGGGAGGCAAUAACAGGCCCAAGUGUGGGCCUGGCUUUUAAUGAUGUGAGCCAAUUAAGUUGCUCCCAGCAAGAGAUUUGAACUUAUCUUAGUGCCUCUAGAUCCAGACUCCAAGUAUCUUGUUAAAAAACCUAAAUAAUAGCUGUUAUUUAUUGUAUGUUAAAAACAUUUCUUUUUGUUAAGUUAAAAUAAUUAUUUGUAGCAAUAAUUUUCCUAUUUAUGAAUUUUUUUAUGGUCAAACUUUAAAUUCCUUAAUUUUUAAGCUCUUAAAGCUUACCAAAACAUUUCAAGGCUUUUUGUAUUUUUGCUGGGGAGUUGAAUCCUCAGUAACUCUACCAUGAAUUCAUGUUUUAACACUUUAUGGUUUUCGGUCCCAGAGAAAAAUUCCAUUUCUGAUUAUAGUGCCUUGCUUGUGGGGAAUUGUCAAAAUAAAUGGGGGUGGGGAGGUGGAGUGAGUGGUUGUUAUUUUUGCUGCACAUGGUAUGGUGACAUGAAAGUUUUAUGGUUGCUGUGCCUCAGUGGUGUCUAUAGACCCCAAUGAGGUUGGUUGGACAUGUGUUGAUAAAUAAGGCACUCAUUUGAGUUUUAUUGUUCAAUGUUGUUAGUAUACAUGUUGUUGUAUUACAUUUAUUUAUUUCCUUCAAAGUGUCUCUUUUUAUUUGUCUUACAACAUUAUUCCUGUAAAUAAGAAUGUACCUUUAAUAUAGAAGUCUUAUCUUGAUCUUUGCCUCUGGAUCAUGCAGCCAGCACACCCAAAUUGAUUAGGAGAUUACUUAGGAGACUUUGAGGGGCAAACCAGUCAUCUUCAACUAUCAGAGCACUAUACUUGUUUAGACAGUGUAAUCCAAAUAAUAGACUUUUAUCUCUGGUUAGCAAUGUUGUUUAAAGAAAGCUACUUUAAAAAGAAGGAUUCCUUGCUGGUGAUCAUCAUUGUUUACCCAAAUUUUUGUUAUGUGAAGUUGUUCUCCAAUUUAUGGUAUAUUUUCAACAAAGACAAGAAUAUUUAAUGUUUUUAACUUAGACUUAAUUUGGCAGGUUUUAAUAUUCCUAUGGAUGUAACUUAUUUUGUCUCUGUUUCUCCUUUGAGAGAUUUUACAAGCAUAAUCAUACUAUACUCCUUUUUUAUAUACACUGACACAUUGGAUAAUAUUUUAAUUUCAUUAUGGAAAAUAAUGCUGGAUAAGGAAGCAUUUUUCACUGCUAAAUUUAAGCCCUGUACAUUUCCAUAAUUUAUUUUUUCCACUUGCUGUUUUAUAGGAUGUAUGUGACAUUUGAUUAUUUAAUACUAUAUGUGACUUGCAUAAAUCCAAGCCACACAACCCUCCUGCUGAAAAUAAAAUUGAGGUUAAAGAUAAAGAUUUAUUUUCAUAUUUAUACAGUGAUUGGCUUCAGAGUGAUGGUUUUUGUGGGCUUUUAUUGUAUGUGUGUGUAAGAAAUUUCAUAUGUAUAUAUUAAGUAGGCCUCUGAGAAUUGAAUAAUUGUUUUAUGAUUUUGAUUUAUAUGGUUUACAUUUUCAUGGUUUGGGCCAUAUUUCGUUUAUACUGUUUAUUUCUCUUCAAGCCAUUAAUAAUUAUACCAUAAAAUAUAAUUUUAUAGCAAUGCAAAUAUCUAAGGAACUACAAAUAUUUUGUGCCUUGUAAAUUCAAUAAAGUGUGCUUCUUUUGA